AUGCGCUUCCUGCAGUGGCUCGGGGAAACCCAGCUGUUCUGGCCCGACUUCAUCAUGCAGAGCACCUGCACGAAGCUCCGGCGUGUCCUCGUCACGGCGCUACUUACCAUCUUCAUCUCGCUGAUGGCCACCUUCUUCGUGCUGACGGUCAAUCAGACAGGGUGGUUCGACCUGAUGAUCCUCCUCGUCAUCUCCUUCGCGGCCUUGGCGGCGCUGUCAUGCCUGUACCGGGAACCGCUUACGCGAGCUGCAGUCCAUGCGGGGCCUGUCGGAAAGUUCCUCUGGGCCGUGGGAACGCUGGAGGCACUGGAGCAGCGACUAGAGUUCCGCUACAUUGCGGCCAACGCUAACCAAUCCUCCCAGCAAUGGGCCCGUUCCCCGCCAGUCUCCAUCCCAUCGGUCGAGGUCGUGCGCCACAAGACCUGCCUCUGCUGCCUGGAUGAGCUGCAGCCGAGGUGCCCCUCUUGCCUGCAAGGGGCUGAGGGUUUGGUUGAGGUCUGA